CGGGACUCGUAAAAGUUUGGUUAUAUUGUGAAAAUGUUUAAUCAGUCUUUUUUACACAAUAUUUGAGCAACAAUAGAUGAAAUAUGUGUAAAAUCGAAGAAAAAAUUGCUUGAAUACUUAACUUACGCAAAAAUAUAGUUUUUUGUUCUUGGAAAAAAAGCAGUGGCGUAACGUGGACAAGUGUGAAUCAAUUUUUUUGGUGAAAAAAAUCGAUAAAAAAGCAAAAUCGCAAGCUUGUUAGAUUCAGUGAAUUAAGAAGUGUUAUUCUACGGUCCAAUUUGCGUAAUUAUGCUUUAAAUAAUAUUUUUUUACCAGAAAAAAACUGCGGUUAUGUUCUUGUUUUGGACAAAAUUUUAGUUUUUUUUUUAAUAGAAGGUAAUUAACGUGGAUGUGCUUUACACAAAUAUUUAAUCAAAUAGUUCAAUCAGGCGAAUUGUUAGUGAAUUUUGCAUAUUUGUUAAGAAUAACCAGUGGCGUAACAUGGAGAAAUUUGAUGUGACAUUUUGACACAUGGCAUUUAUUUAUUUACUACCAACUGUCACAAACUCACCAAUCGUAGAAAUGAAACAAGAAGUAAAAGAUAUGAAUUUGGACGCUUUUAAGACCGAAAUCAAGCAAGAGCCUCUAGACCACUGGUCCACCGUCUUAGUGAAAGAAGAACCAAUUGAAGAAAAAGUAACGAAAGAAGAACCCGAAAAAUCUGGGAAAGUCUUCACUUGCCCCCAUUGCCCAUACAGCACGGGAUGGAAAAGCAACCUUGGAAAACACAUAGUGAGCCGUCACACCUCCUCUGACCAAAUCAAUUGGUUGCAGUGCCCUCAAUGCCCAUACCGAGGCAAAACCAGAGACUACCUCAAAUGUCACCUCAUACACGUCCACAGCAUAGCUGUUAAAUGGUACCCCUGCCCUCAAUGCCCCUUCAAGGCCAAAAUGAAACGCCUCCUUGACCGUCACCUCAUUCUCACGCACACCGACUCGGAGGAAAUCGAAUGGUUCCAAUGCGAGCAUUGCCCAUUCAAAGCCAAAUUCAGCUAUAGUUUGAAACAACAUAUAUUUAGUAGACAUACCGAUGACAGCGCCAUCAAGUGGUUCCAAUGCGACUUAUGUGAGUUUAAAGCUAAACGCAAACGCAACUUGCAGUUGCACCAACUUCACAAACAUACAAAUGAGCGUGAAAUCAAGUGGUUUUAUUGCGACUCCUGCGAUUGCAAAUUUAAGAGAAAACAGUCGUUGAGGUCACAUGUGGCAACAGUGCACAAUAAGAGGAAAUUCGAAACUAGGGAAAUCCCGGUUUUUAUUGACAAUCAGUUAUGUUGGCGACGAAUCGUCGUUGAGAAGGAGGGGCCAGAGGCGGAGUUUAAAUGCAACCAAUGCGCGUUUGCCACAUGUGACAAAAUCAUAUUCAAACAACAUGUUUUGAAGACACAUACAGUGACGGAAAUCAAGAAAGAAGAUGAUUGUAUUGUGAAGAAAACUUACAAGACGAAGGAUGUUGUCGUAAUGGUUGGGGAUGUUCCUUGUGUCAAAAAAGUCAUAGAUGGUCCGUUGUAGAAUUAAUUUUUGUGUUUGUAAAUAAAGAAGUGAAGGGAGACCCCAAAUUUGUUGUUUUAUUUUUACAAAAAAAUUUAAAUGUCAAA